GGAAUGUACGAAGCAAUAGUCGGCUGGCUGUAGUUGGUUGAUUUCAACAAUGGAAAGUUUGAUUCUGAUUAUUCUGGUGAUAAUGCCAGGUGUGUGGAGUGGAAACUGGAAAGUGACCUACACAGACCAGUGUACUUUGAAAGGGACAUCAGUUGUAAUCAAGUGCGAGUAUGACUAUCCUUUUGGUCAUAUUGUCACUUCUGUCGCCUGGUCUAAAGCCCUGUUUUUUUCCGGCAAAUGGAGGCAGGUUUACCUCACAGGACUCCCUUCGCCCCCAGACCACUUUAAAUAUGUGGGCAACACCUGGGGUGACUGUAGUCUGAGGAUCAACGAUGUACAACACAAUGAUGAAGGACGUUACUUUUUUCAUUUUGCGACAACACUCGACAGAUGGAGAAGUAAAACAUCUGCUCGUUUGUCCGUAAGAGAGUUGACCACUGUUGUGCAGCCGAGCACUGUGACAGAGGGAGAUAAAGUCAGUCUGACAUGUUUGUCGGGUUGUCCUACACCUGUAAACAUUGUCUGGUUCAGAGAUGGACAACAUGUACCAAAUCCAGUCUUUCAAGCUGGGAGAGAGGAUGCUGGGAGGUACCACUGUGCUGUCCAGGGACAAGAAGCGGCCAGCUCUGCCUCUGUGGCUCUAAAUGUUCAGUAUGCUCCCAGUAAUGUCACACUGUCAAUGAGUCCAUCGGUCGUCAAAGGAAGUUCGGUGACUUUCACCUGCAGCAGUGAUGCCAACCCACCUGUGACACAAAGUGGAUACCGCCUGUAUAAAGACAGACACUUCAUCAGCUCAGGACAGAAUCACACCAUCUCUGACAUCCAGCCGAGCCACAGUGGACUGUACUACUGUCAGGCCUGGAAUAACAUCAGCAGGAGGGGCACCAGCCUGAUUAACUCUACUGAGGUUCACCUCGAUGUCCAGUACCGCCCAGAGAACAUUACCAUUUCAAUGGACCUGCCGUAUGUUGUUGAGGGCAGCAGUGUAAAUCUGACCUGCCACAGUGCUGCUAACCCUGCAACAGACAACUACACCUGGUACAGGAGUACUGCUUCCAGUUCCAGCUCCAUGGUCUAUGUGAGCUCAGGACAGGUGCUGUCUCUCCCCUCUGUGGAGGCGCCCCACACUGGACUCUACCUCUGCCAGGCCAGGAACACAGUGGGGGAAAACAACUCAACUGAGUGGCUGCUUGCCAUGGAAGAAAAGACACAUGGCAGUCGGUCCCUCGCAGUCGUAGCUGGCAUUGGAGUCUCUGUUUUGCUGACACUUGUGUUGGCUCUUCUUUUGCUCUGGCUGAAACAGAGGACACAUGCAGAGAAAAAACAGCCUGUGUAUGACUUCAGGCUCAGUGGGAGAGGCUCGAGCUCUUCAGCUUCUGAAGAUCUAUCUAACAGCAUUUAUGCCAACAUCCACGUGUCGCCAUCUUCUCCACCUGUUAUUGCUGUUCCGGACAUCACACUCCAUUCACAGAGGAAGUCACGCCAUGGACAUGAUGCCUCCUCGGCUUAUGAAGAUGAGGUCACCUACUCAACAGUGACCAUUACACCCAGAAACCCACAUCGCACAUACAACAGCAGAUCAGCGCAUGACUCCAGGUCCAAAUCUGGAGAGAAUGACAGCUCUGUGAUCUACGCUUCACUCGCUUAAUCUGGCUGAGUUUGACUGAAACCUUUUGCUCCUUUGAAGCAGUUUCAUCAUUAUCAAGAAACCUGUGUUGUCUUGUCAUGUGGCAUGUUACUCUGAAGAUAAGUUACGAAGAGUUCAGAGGUCAGUCUCUUAGGGGGGUUGAAUAGAGCUAUAUGUGUAAUACUCUAAAUACAACCCUGCUUUCACAAGGGUUCAAUUUUUUUAUUUAUAGUCAUUUAUACUCCAGUGUUUGCAAGGCUUUUUGUUUUUUCUAGUUUGUACAGUAACAUUUACUGAAUAUCGAUGUAGGAAAUUUCAUUUUACCUUUACUAUUUUUGAUAUAAUAAAGGAUGGUUGUCUCUA